AGAGUUGGGUCUGUCAGUCAGUGAAGGGUUAAACAGGGAGUUUGCUGCAGUCUCUCCUUUCUGUCCACUGCGUUAAGCGGAAAACAUCUGACUCCUGCUCGUUUUCCGAAGCUGUGUUUGAUUUUACUCAUUUUGCACCGGAGCCGCGGAGGCAUCAGGGGAACAACAACAACAACAACAAAAAUAAUAAAUAAAUCACCGUUUCAGCAGCAGGAUUUCAUCUCUUCCCUCUGCGCGCUUUCAAACAGUGAUACCCAGUUAUUCCAUCCGGCAGACAGGACCGCAGAACAUUUAUGAGGAGAUACUUCACUUUUUUCUGCUCCAGACAAAAUAACAAGAAAGGCAUGUGUGGGUGUUGAGAGUCAUCUGCUCGGUUGACCUCGCUGCCCCUGAAUACGGAGUUGCCGUCUGCUUUACGUCCGACCGUCCACUUGCCCAGUGAGGCUCACUCCACACCAUGUCUGCAGAGGUGGAGAACAGCGCACCCGUCCCUGCUGAUCCCAGCGUCCCCUCCUCAUCUACAGGCACAACCUCCAACACUCCCCCCGCCUCCCCUGCAACAGCCACAUCCAAGGUCCCAUUCAAGAAAGAGAAGAAGAAAGUUCCAGAGAAGACAGAUGAGUACCUGCUGGGCAGGUUUCAAGGGGAUGGUGUGAGGUACAAGGCCAAACUGAUUGGCAUUGAUGAUGUUGCAGAGGCCAGGGGAGACAAGAUGUGCCAGGACUCCAUGAUGAAACUUAAGGGCAUGGCAGUAGCAGCCCGGUCCCAAGGCAAGCACAAACAGAGGAUCUGGAUCAACAUUUCCAUGUCGGGUAUCAAGAUCAUUGAUGAGAAGUCAGGAGUGAUUGAACACGAGCAUGUGGUGAAUAAGAUCUCCUUCAUCGCCAGAGAUGUAACAGAUAACAGGGCAUUUGGAUACGUAUGUGGAGCAGAGGGACAGCAUCAGUUCUUUGCCAUAAAGACUGCACAACAGGCAGAGCCCCUGGUCAUUGAUCUGAAAGAUCUCUUCCAGGUCAUCUUUAACAUGAGGAAGAAAGAGGCAGAGGCUUCACAGAAGGGUGAAAAUGGCAGUGCGGUGGUCGAGAAUGGAAGUGAUGCCUUGCUAAAUAUGGAUGGUGAAGUAAAAACUGCCCAACCAGUGAAUCAGCUUGACCUCUUUGGAGCCAUGUCAACCCCACCAGACAUUCAGGCUCCAAAUGACUCUAAUGAUAUUCUUUUGCUGGACUUUUCUGAUGAACUUGACAGCAAUCAGAAUUGCAUAAAGGGAAACUCCUUCGUUACUUCCUGUGCCCCCGACCAUAGGGCGUCUUCCCAGACAGAGAAUCCCUUUUCUUCCACAUUUGGCUACUUUCCAACCCCAGACAGUGACCCUUUCAGAGACGACCCCCUUGUAAAUCAUCCCACUCAGUCAGCACUCGAUAAUUCACAGAUCUUCCUCACCACCAAUCACCUAAACAGCACUGCUGGCUGCACUAGUAAGACAAUUAUUAACGGUGGUUUGAAUGGAAACUCUGAACACCUUAGUCAGCAGAUAAAUGGGUUAACCAGUAAGACCAUGAUCCUUGCUCUCAGUAAUGGACAGUGGCCACUAGGGGGCAAGAUAACUCAGGGCAGCACAACUACCAUGAUGGAUGGAAAUGACUCUGGACCAGUUCUCUCAACCAAAAACCCAUUUUUUGACUCCUCUUUGAAAACUUCCCCUGUCACUAAUGGCAUAACUCAUCACCCACAACCCCCUGUGACUCAUAGCAAGGAUUCAGUUGUCAUAAACCCGCCUCCACAGAGCUCUAAGGCUGGACGAGGUCGUAGGAGUGCAAAGUCCACAUCAAGUGACCUGUUUGGAGCAGAACUGUUUGCUGCUCCUGUUCAGUCUGAGGGAUCAUCUGCUUCAAGUGACUUUUUCAACAGUACACCGGCCACCUCCACUCCCUCCUCCCUAGCUGCUUUGGGGAAUCUUCAGUUAGGUCCACCAGCUACCACAAGUAUCCCUGCUGCAGGCAUGUGGGGAGCUGCCACCACUGCACCCUCCAUGUUUCCAGUGCCAGGAGUGACUGCUCCAGGCCCUAGGCCCAACUUCCCACAGCCAUCUGCCUUUGGUGGUCUACCCAUACCACCCACAGCUUGGGGCCAGCAGGUUCCAUCUCAGUACGGUGUCCCACCCAAUGCCUGGGUCCAGCCUCCACCAGCUGGGCCACUUGGUGCUCCAGGUUGGGGUCAGCCCGCAAUGACCAAUCCUUUCCACUCGGGCGCAUUCCCUGCAAUGGGUGAGCAGCAAGGACCAUCACGCGCCCCUCCCAGGCCACCUGUUAAAGAAACCCCUCCAAAGGUAGAAAACAGUGCCUUCACAGCUUUGGACCCUCUUGGAGAUAAAGAGAAGAAGACUGGAAAAGACAUGUUCAAAGACUUCCAGAUUGCCAAACCUCCAGCCAUCCCAGCAAGGAAAGGGGAGCUUGUUUCCAACUCUGCUUCAGCCCCCAGCAACAAUGAAGCAGGGGCAUUUGAUCAGUACUUUUCCAGUAAAGUGGGCCUGGCUCAGGAUGCUGCAGAUCAUGAUGACUUUGAUAUAAAGCAGAUGCCAGCAGUUAUUAAUGAUGCCCCUAAACCUGCUCCUGCUCCAGCUGCAGCCCCAGCUCCGAGCUUUAACCCUGGCCUCCUCGAAGCCGCCUUCUCUUCUGCCCCAGUCGCAAACAGCUCAGCACCAGCCCAGGGACAAGGCUCCAGUCAGGACAUGUUUGAUCAAGCAUUCGGGGCCCCAAGUUCCAGUCCAUUUGGAGUGCCACCUCAGACUGCUACUGUUGGUCAGACUUCUGGUUCAGCAGAUGCCUUUGGGGGUCCUUUUGGAAAUCCCUUUGCUUGACCACGACUUUGUCCACAAUGGAAAUAGAGUAAAUGGAGCAAAUGGAGAUCUUCAUGUCAAAUAACAUCUUUGGGACAAUCUGCUACAUGCGCAAGACAAUCCAAAAUCUUGAACUCUUUUAACUCUUGUCCCUCAUCCACCCCUCUUUCACACCUCCACCUCUGAUGUUGUUUUUUUUCUGCCCAAUCAGUAGUUCCCUUAUUUCUGAAGACCACUGAUCUAAGAAGUAAAUGUUAUGUCAUGAUCUGCUGAAGGAAGAAACGUGGUGUGUGAGAGAAGGCAUGUCCAAAGAAGUUCACUGCUGAUGCUGUGUGUAUUAAAGAAAUAAAAUAAUUCAAUCAUAA